AUGCUUAGGCUGAGGCUGAGUCUCAGCCGUAAUGCUGUUGUGCUCCCUGAAACGACACUAGUACCAUUAGAUAGUUCGAUUCAUGCUGUAUUUUUUCGACUUACGGAAUGGAAUUUGCAGGCUGCAGCUGACCGUAUUCGGAACGUUUGUAUAAUAGCGCAUGUUGAUCACGGAAAAACAUGCCUUGCCGAUUACCUGAUUUCCUCGAAUGGUAUCAUAUCUGCAAGAUUAGCUGGGAAAAUGCGUUAUAUGGAUAGCCGAGAGGAUGAACAGGUGCGAGGUAUCACAAUGAAAACAUCUGCAAUAACUCUUGUCCAUGAAUCUUUACUCGUAAAUCUUAUCGAUAGUCCGGGCCACGUUGACUUCUUCGGCGAAGUUUCAGCAGCACUUUUUCUUUCAGAUAUUGCUCUUCUAGUUGAAGGUGUUUGUUCUCAAACAGAAUUUUUAUUGCGAAAAGCGAUUGACUUGAAUUUGGAUAUAAUAUUGGUACUUAAUAAAAUCGAUCGCUUAUUCGUUGAACUUAAACAAACUCCUGCUGAGGCAUUCGCACAUAUUCGGCGACUUAUGGAACAAGUGAAUAGUUGUAUUAGUCAAAUUGUUUCUGGAACAUUGGUAGAAGAAGACGAUUGGAAGAAGGUCGAUACUGCCGAGCAAGGUUUAUAUUUCUCUCCUGAAAAAGACAACGUCAUUUUUGCAUCUGCCUUGCAUGGCUACGGGUUCUCAUUGUCAGACUUCGCAACCAUUUGGUCACCAAAGCUCUCAAUAUCGGCUGGUGAAUUAAAAUCGAAAUUGUUCACUGAUAGUUACCUUUCGAAAGGUGUCUUAAAGGCGGGUGCGGAUCACUUUGAUAAAAAGAGUUUAUUUGAACAACUUGUUUUAGAACCACUUUGGGAGGUUCAUAAAUGCGCAUUCGUUGACGAAGAUUUCGAUAGACUCAAAAGGUUCGCAGCAAAAAUGCAUACAAGCAUUCGAAGUAAACGAAUUGUGGAUGGAUUUGACGAAUUUAUGCGUUCAUGGUUACCACUGUCAGGGGCAUGUUUGCGUGCCGUCACAUGUGCAACAAAUGCACGAGAUGCUUUCAAGCGUUCCAAUCGUUUAGCUUCUCUGUCUUUGAUGGAUGAUACUCACCCAAUGUAUAAUCAUGUUUAUAACUGCUCACAAGACUCAGUCACAAUUCUUUAUCUCACAAAGAUAUUGCAUUUCGAUGAUGCUAAUGUCACUGCUAUUUGUCGAAUUCUGUCGGGUCGUAUUGCGGUUGGUGACGAACUCUAUACGAUUGCUAAUGAUAAAUCUGACAACGAUAAUGGAGAAACGCUCAUUGAAAACGAGAAAGUGACGAUAAACGGACUGUAUAUGCUGAUGGGUCGUGAGAGAAUCUCGAUAAGAAGUGCUUUGGCAGGAACAGUGUGUGCAGUGGAACUGAAUCAAACGUUCUCGUCGUGCACACUCUGCAGUGAACCGUUCGAAGUUGGUCUUAAACGACCGUCACAUAUCGGUGAACCACUCGUACGAGUAUCCGUACAGUCGCUUGGCGAUUCAGAUGAUUGGCAGAAGUUACGUUCAGCCCUCAAACAGCUCAGUGUACUCGAUUCAAACGUGCGUGUCAUUGAACAAGAGAAUGGUGAACUUGCGAUGCUCACUGCCGGUGAAGUGCAUCUGCAAAAAUGUUUAACAGAUCUCUGGGAUAUGGGUCAAACAAAUAUCAAAGUAUCAGAACCAAUUGUGUCUUUUCAAGAGACUGUUGUUCCGCCACAGCCUGGUGCCGCGAGUGGCACGUAUGAAACUGAAUGCAGUAUACGUGGUGGACUUGCCAAAAUCAAGUUGCGUGCGGUACCGCUGCCGAGCCAACUGGUUACGUUACUCAAGAACAAUGAAUGCGCACUUAGUAGUCUUCGAGAGGGUAUAUUUGAGAAUGCGGAAGUUUGUGAAAUGAAGCGAAUACUUUGCGAAGAUGGUGUGAAGUGGUUGAAACAGUUGAAAGGCACUUGGUGGAGUCGGCGCACUGAUCGACAAUUAAGGCAGCUAGUGGAUAAGAUUUGGGCAUUUGGACCGCCUCGGGCAAGAUUCAAUAUUCUUUUCAAUGCCAUUGACGAUUAUGAUAGACCACCCAUUUGGGAAAAGAGUACAUCAAGACUACGUGCAUUCGAUCAAUCGUUAGUGGCUGGUUUUGAUUUGGUGAUGAGUUGUGGACCGUUAUGUGAAGAACCAAUGGUUGGUGCGGGCAUAGUUGUUGAAGAAUGGACAGUUGAUGAUGUUGACAGUGAUCCAACAAUGGCUGGUGCAUUGAUAUCGGCUAUGAAACAAACUUGCAAGGCUGCUUUGAACAAGCAUUCAUUGCGUUUGGUAGCUGCAAUGUACAAAUGUACCGUGCAAACAACCGGACAAGCGUUGGGUAAAGUACAUGCGGUAUUAUCGCAACGGCAUGCCAAAGUGAUCGACGAGGAUAUGAAUCAAGCCAGUGGUCUUUUCGUAGUCGAAGCAUUCAUACCGAUCAUUGAAAGUUUCUCGUUUUGUGAGCAGUUACGGAAACGCACUAGUGGAAUGGCGUCUGGGCAGUUGGAAUUCUCACAUUGGGAGGUACUUGAUGAAGAUCCGUUGUGGGAACCAACCACUGAAGAUGAGGCAAAUUUUUGCGAUAAUACUUUUGGGAGGGAUGGUUAUGUGAGAAUGUAUGUUUUUAUGAUGACGAUGAUUUUAAAGGUUGAACUAUAUGGUGUGAAGGGCGAUAGCGUGAAUCGUUCACGGACUUAUAUGGAUGCUUUACGGAAGCGGAAAGGCUUAAUGACAGACGAGCUUAUUGUUGUAAAUGCUGAGAAGCAACGUAAUUUGAAGAGAAAUAAAUAG